UUUUGGGACGAAUAAAGGUAUAUCUUAUCUUUUAAUGGAUAAAUGGUUGUUAGCUCAUAAGUUACUGAUAUUAAAAGUUGUGCGUCCAUUCAGCUAUGUGAACAACUUUGAAGUAAAUAUUUAAAGCGUAAUGAUAAUGAAUCGUCUAAAUUCUCCUACAAUGAGUUUCGGAGGUUUGUUGUAGGCAGCGCCUGCGAAUUCCGACGCGAGAGGCGGCACCUGAAGGCGUCACGAGUUGAGCAGCUCUCAGUUAUCGCGGACUGAUGAUCCAGCUGCUGCGCGCGCGCGAGUGUGCGUGCGUGUGUGUGUGUGUGUGUGUGUGUGUGUGUGUGUGAGAGUGUGUCAGUAUGUGAGUGUGUGUGUGAGAGAGAGUGUGUGUGUGUGUGUGUGUGCGCCUGACAUGGAAACAACUGGCGUUCCCCGCUGAAGCUGGACACAUUCCGGUGUUCCGGUGACACCGCGGUGGACCUCGGGCGGCGGUUGAAAACUUCUCCCCCACGGCCGCACUCAUGUGAUUACCUCCCCCCGCCACGGUCGCUUGUGUGUCGGAGCCAUGUCCCGGAGCCUGAAGAGGAGGAAGAACCACUGGACCAACAAAGUCCACGAGAGUGUCCUCGGCCGGGCCGAGGAGCCGGGGCCGGGGCCGGGGCCGGGGCCGGGGCCGGAGCUGAAGGGCGGCGCGGAGAACGGACAGUUCCCCGUCGUCGGCGAGCUGCCGGCGGGCAGGGCGCCGUGCCUCAGCGGCAGACUCGUCCAGGACGAGCUGCUGCUGGAAGUCAACGACACCCCGGUGGCCGGACUCACCACCCGGGACGUGCACGCCGUGGUCCGACACAGCAAGGAGCCCGUGCGACUCAAGUGCGUCAAACAAGGGGGCGUGAUAGACAAGGACCUGCGCCGCUACCUCAACCUGCGCUUCCAGAAAGGUUCGGUGGACCACGAGCUGCAGCAGAUCAUCCGGGACAACCUCUACCUCCGCACCGUUCCCUGCACGACCAGGCAGCCCAAGGAGGGAGAGGUCCCGGGGGUGGAUUAUAACUUUGUGACCGUCGACCGGUUUAUGGAACUGGAGAAAAGCGGAGCCCUGCUGGAGAGCGGAACGUAUGAAGAUAACUUUUACGGCACCCCGAAGCCUCCGGCCGAGCCCAGCGCUCUGCUGCUCAAUGUAACGGACCAGCUGCUGCCGGGCGCCAGACCCAGCUCCGAGGGCAAGAGGAAGCGGAACAAGUCGGUCAGCAACAUGGAGAAGGCCAGCAUCGAGCCCCCCGAGGAGGAGGAGGAGGAGAGACCCGUCGUCAACGGCAACGGCAUCGCCGUCACCCCAGAGUCGAGCGAGCAUGAGGACAAGAGCACAGACGCUUCGGGGGACAUCGCCCCGCAGAGCAGCCCAGCGGAGGCCUCCACCGAGGGGCCCACAGAUGACGGACAGUCCCCAAAGAUCAUAGUACCCAAACCAGACGAGAACGACGAGCUAGGGCCCCUGCCAGACAACUGGGAGAUGGCUUACACAGAGAAAGGAGAAGUCUACUUCAUAGACCACAACACCAAGACGACAUCGUGGCUGGACCCGAGGCUAGCCAAGAAGGCAAAGCCGCCGGAGGAAUGCAAAGAGGACGAGCUUCCGUACGGCUGGGAGAAAAUCGAUGACCCCAUUUACGGCAGCUACUAUGUCGAUCAUAUAAAUAGAAGGACCCAGUUUGAGAACCCAGUGCUGGAGGCCAAGAGAAGAGUCCAGCAGCAGCAGCAGAUGCAAAGCCAGGGUCUGUCGUCACUGCCCCUUCCCUCCAUCUACAGAGCGGAGGAUGCCAAACCUUGUGCCACCCUCCCCAGAUCCGUCCUCGCGCAGGUCGGCGCCGUGCCCGAGCGCUGCCACAGCCUCGGCGACCUCUCCCGCUCGCCGGCGCAGGGUCGCAGGGCUGCGGCGUGCGCGGCAUCCUCCUCCGCCGACGUCUCCCCGCUCCGGCGCGUUCUGACUCGGCGGAUGAAUAUGUGCCCCCACCACCACCAGCAGCAGCAGCAGCAGCAGCCACUUCACGCCUCCGCCUGCGCUGUGGUGCUCGAGCAGCCUGUCUGUAGCCCCUUCUCCCUGUGGCACAUUGUCAAGAAGCCGCUGUUCACGCGGGACCCCACUCAGCUGAAGGGCAGUUUCUUGUCCACGGCACUCCAGAAGAGCAACAUGGGCUUCGGCUUCACCAUCAUAGGAGGCGACGAGCCCGACGAGUUCCUCCAGGUGAAGAGCGUCAUCCCCGAUGGGCCCGCUGCAGCCGACGGGAAGAUGGCCACAGGCGACGUCAUCGUCUACAUCAACGACGUGUGCGUGCUGGGCACCACCCACGCUGACGUGGUCAAGCUCUUCCAGUCGGUGCCCAUCGGCCAGAGCGUGACGCUGGUCCUGUGUCGCGGCUACCCUCUGCCCUAUGACCCGGAGGAGGCCGGCAACGCCAACAACAACACGGCCACCACCACCACCAUCAUCUCCCCGCUGGGCAUCAUGGAGCAGCGGCCCAUCAUGGUGAACGGCCGCACGGGCUACGACAACUACCUGGAUUAUCUCUCCCGCACGGCGCGCUUCGUCACGGACCCCGGCCAGGAGCAGGUCAACGCCCAGCAGCAGCUUCUCCCCCCUCAUCCGGGCGACACCCACUUGGACGGGUCCCUCCCUCCGACCACGGGCACCACGCCUCCCGACAGCGUCUCCAUGGCGUCGUCGGGGGCGACGCAGGGGGAGCUGCUGAGCAUGACCAUGGUGAAGGGGGCGGACGGUUUUGGCUUCACCAUAGCGGACAGCGCCACGGGCCAGCGCGUCAAACAGGUGCUGGAGCCUCAGGGCUGCCCGGGCCUGAGCGAGGGGGAUCUGAUCGUGGAGAUUAACAAGCAGCCGGUUCAGGGAUUCACACACACGCAGGUGGUGGAGCUGCUCAAGGAGUGCGCCGUCGGAGCCGAGACCAGCCUGGUGGUCCAGAGAGGUGGAACAGGUCACUAUUCACCCUGGAAGACCCCUAAGCAGGUGAUGGAGCAGUGGGAGUCCCAGCAGGGCCAGGGCGGCCCCGCUCAGACCGGCCUGUCGGCCCCCGUUAUCCCCCACAGCGCCCCUUACCCAACACACCAUCUCCACAGGGCCUCGGCCCCAGACUCGGCCGCCGAGGCCCUGGCCCUGGCCAAGCCAGAGCCCUAUGACCUUUAUGAGAAGUCCAGGGCUAUCUAUGAGAGUAGGCAACCCGGCCAACUGAGGACUACUUUCACUGCGGACUCCGCAGGGGCGGAGUACCAGGACAUCGAGGUCCACCUGCGCCGACAGAAGUCGGGGUUCGGUUUCCGGGUGCUCGGCGGAGACGAGGCCGGGCAGCCUGUGAGUCCGGAGACGCGUGAGAAGAUCCUGAUCGGGGCGAUCAUCGAGAAGAGUCCGGCCGACCUAGACGGACGCCUGCGGCCUGGCGAUGAGCUGCUGUUCGUGGACGGGAUCCCGGUGGUGGGGAAGCCACACAGAUACGUCAUCGACCUGAUGCAUGGGGCGGCGCGCAACGGCCAGGUCAACCUGGUCAUCAGGAGGAGGCUGCAGGCCGGUGAGUCCUGUCCGGAGAACGGCCGCAGCCCGGGCUCCGUGUCCACGCAGCACAGCUCCCCGCGCAGCGACUUCACGUACGGCAACAGCACCAGCACCACCCCGGCGCCCAACCCCUGCCUGGCCAGCGCCGCCACUUCAGACGGGACGUCCACGCCCAACACUCAACCCAGCGACGUCGUCAUCAAUCGAAAGGAGAGCGAAGGCUUCGGCUUCGUCAUCAUCAGCUCGCUCAACCGGCCCGAGGCCGCCGCCGCUAACACUGUGCCCCAUAAGAUCGGCCGCAUCAUCGAGGGCAGCCCGGCCGACCGCUGCGGGAAGCUGAAGGUGGGCGACCGGAUACUGGCGGUGAACAGCCAGUCCAUCGUCAACAUGCCCCACGCCGACAUCGUCAAGCUGAUCAAGGACGCAGGCCUCAGCGUCACCCUGAGGAUCAUACCGCAGGAAGAGAUCAGCAAUCCCCCAUCAGCCCCCAGCUCGGAGAAGCAGAGCCCCAUGGCCCAGCAGCACAGCCCGAAGACGCAGCCCGGCGUCGCACCCCCGCAGCCCAGCCCGGUGGCGGCGGAGGCCAACCCCCCCGUGAGCCAACCCAGCCCCAUGCGCCACCAGAGCCCCGUGACCCAGCUGCCCGCCCCUCCGCCUCAAACCUACCCCCACGAGAGCAGUUACAGGUCCGAAGUGAAGGCGAGGCAAGACGUCAAACCCGACAUCCGACAGCCGCCGUUCACGGAUUACCGACAGCCGCCGGUGGACUACCGGCACCCGCCCGUGGCGGACUACCGGCAGCCGCCCACGUUGGACUACAGACACCCGCCGCUGCUCGACUACAGGCAGCUCGCCCCCGACGCCAGGCAGUUCACCAUCCCGGAGUACAGAAUGCCACCGGUUCAACUACCGUUGAGUCUAAUCGCCUCUGAUCCUUGUCCGUCUCAGCUGGCGCAGGACUUUGACUUCUUCACAGUGGAGCUGGAGAAGAGCGUGAAGGGCUUCGGGUUCAGCAUCCGCGGCGGGCGGGAGUACAAGAUGGACCUGUUUGUCCUGCGCCUGGCAGAGGAGGGACCGGCCAUCCGCAACGGGCGCAUGAGGGUCGGGGAUCAGAUCAUUGAGAUCAACGGAGAGAGCACCCGGGACAUGACCCACUCCAGGGCCAUCGAGCUGAUCAAGUCCGGCGGCCGGCGCGUCCGUCUCCUCCUGAAGAGGGGCACGGGGCAGGUCCCAGAGUACGACAAUGCUGCCCCAUGGGAUGCUCGCCCUUCAGCCUCCCCAAGCCUGUCGGAAGUAGCCCCUCCCAUCGACAGCCUUUCCAUGUCAUCGCCUUCAUCUCAUCUGGCCCCGGCCCCCGACCCACCUCACCUGCCGCCGCUGGAGGUCCCACGAGACGCGGGGCCACGAGACGGCAGGACGGAGCGUCCGAAGAGCCCCCAGAAGGCCGAGCUGCUGAACCCAGAUCCGUUCGGCCAGGGGAGGAGGGCGGCCACGACCGGCGGCAGCGGCAGAGCACAGAAAGAGGGUGGCAGGUCCACCCACAAGGGGCACAGGGUGCAGCCCGCUACUGAGGGGGAAGGGGGCAAAGAGGGGCAGAGUGGGGAGCCCAAAGCGUCCAGGAGCGCCAGAGGGAGGUCCAAGGAGAGAAGCACUGGGGACAACAGAGAAUCCACCAAUUCCCCCUGCUGCGCCAAGCUCCCACAAACUAACGGAAACAGCAGGGAGGACGUGGAGCGUUACGGCGGUGGGCGGCAGCAGCAGGUGGAGCCGGAGCAGCGCAAGCCCAGGCCGAGGGAACUGGACCGGGGCCUGGGAGAGAACCGGCCCAGCCUGCCCAACAAGAGCACCAGCAGCGGCGGCGUAGCAGGGAGGAAGGCCACGGUCUCUCCUGGGCCCUGGAAGAUCCCGGGAUCAGACAAGCUGCCCAGCACACUGCGCACAGGCACGUCCACGCUGAGCAGAUAACACCGCGGCUCCGGCAGAAGACGGUGGCCACGCUCGCCUGAACUGAACCACCACAACCGGAUGAAAGCACCGCCGUCACCCCCUCCUGUGCUCCUUCACCUCCCCCUCAGUCCCCUCCUCCCAUGGACCAGAGUCAAAACCAAGACGGGGGGGGGGGGCCUAGGGUGAUCUGGACCACGAGGCUUUGGAGUUUAUUUAUGAUACUGUACUCUAAAUUAUUUUGAGAAAUAUUUUACACCCACCACCUUAAGAACUGGUAAAUCAUCCACUUUUUGAAAAAAAAAAAAAAAAAAUUGGAAGAGCAAGUAGUGUGU